AACUGCACUGGAUUGUUUCUAAUUUGCAUUUUCAGCACUCAGCUCCUCACAUAACACUUUCUAGCUGUAGAUAUGACGUUAAAAGGAGCUCCAGACUACCUGGUUGAGGAGGAUAGUGACGAUUACGGAGCCAUGUCAAGUGAGGAGGAGGAGAUAGAGGACCCUCUCCUGGGAGGAAACGGAAUGUUGGAGGAGGCUAGUGAAGAGGAUGACUUUGAGAAGGAGAUGGAUGCGGAAAUAAGGCAGUCUAUGAGUAUUUCGUUACCUGAAAAGAAAAAAGAAAAAGCGCCGAAGGCAGAGAAGUUUUACGAUGAUGUCUAUUUCAACUCAAGUGACGAGGAUGAAAGCGGCAACACGCGAAAGGUUGACAAAAAAGUAAAGACGAACGAGGAGCUGUUUUAUGAUCCAGGUCUAGAUGAGAAGGACGAGAAGUGGGUUCAGAAAAAGAGAAAGAACUAUCUCCGUCCAGGAUCAGACAAGAAAGGAGAGACCUCAGACCCCAAGCCAGCCACCUCGGCCACUCUCUCCUGUCCCUCGUGCAUGACCAUCCUCUGUAGGGACUGUCAACAACACGACAACUACGACAACCAGUUCAGAGCUAUGUUUGUCUUCAAUUGUCUGGUAGUGUCGGGGGAGACUCUCACUUACAAGAUAAAGGAGAAGAAGAAGAGGAGGCGAGGGAAGGAGAAACAGGAGGAGGUGGAGGAGGGGGAAGGAGAGUUGUAUAAUCCUGUGAAAUGCAACGCUUGUCAGACGAAAGUGGGGGUUUACGACAAGGAGGAGAUCUAUCAUUUUUUCAACGUACUUGCUACGUGAAAAUAAAAUUUUUAGUGUGUAUGUUUUUUAAUUGUCAGCUUUGUUACAUGGUAUGAUAUUUUGAUGACUCUUUUAAAUAUGAGAGGUUAUAUUUGAUAUGGAAGUCUGAUAUCUCUACACUAUUACCUUAACCAUGCUGUGACCCAGUGACGAAGUUGAUAACCUGAAGUUUAUUGAGUAUAUUUUGUAGCCCUAGAGAAUUGUUCAUUGAGUAGGUUGAAUUGUGCGUAUUGCUCAGCCCCUGAUUAAGCUGCUACUGUAUACAGUUGUGUGCAACAUUGCCACUUAAUUUGGUUGCCUGCGACAUUUUGCUUCAUUAUCUUGAAACGCUUUACAGUUUAGAGGCAAAUUAUCUAUUUCUGAAUACAAAAUUGAAAUAUUUAUAUUGACUAAAUUAUUAAUUUCAUAUUUUUAAUCUUCAACUGACAUUGCCUUUAGCUUUGCUAUUUAUCCUUGAAUAAAUUGUGGUUCAAACUUCAUAAUUGUCCCUUGUUUAUCAGUCCUUAAAAUGAUUAUCGCUUUUGACAAUGCUGACCGGCGCAGUGAUCUGGAAAAUUCUUGAGAUGUUUUUCUAACAAUCUAACAGAUUAUCCUGAUAUUUCAAUUCGUGUUACAGGAAGCUAUGACAAAACUACUAGUACUCCUUCUUGUUCUUCUCCAGAUGGCUCUUACCCAGAGACUUAUGGGUAGCUUACUCCGCAAUGAUAUUCCACAAGAAAACAGCUGGAAAACCAUUUUCGUGAAACAAAGAGUUGACCACUUCGCCUUUGACCAAGCCUCCAACGAGAGGCACUUCUCUCAGAAGAUUCUAGUAAACCUGGACCACUGGAAGCCUGGUGGUGCUCUGUUCUUCUACACUGGUAACGAGGGUGCAAUUGAGCUUUUCGCACAAAACACCGGCUUUGUGUUUGACAUUGCUCCUGCUUUCGACGCUGCAGUCGUCUUCGCAGAACAUAGGUACUACGGGGUAUCCAUGCCUUAUGGAAGCUUAAACGAGUCCUUCAGUGACUGGACUAAGUCCAGAUAUCUUACAGUUGAACAAGCCAUGGCUGACUUUGCUGAUAACAUCGUCUGGUUAAAAGAAAGCUAUCUCAACAAGACUGACACACCUGCCAUAACAUUUGGUGGAUCGUACGGAGGUAUGCUGGCUGCCUGGAUGAGAGCCAAGUAUCCAAGUCUGGUCCAAGGAGCUAUCGCUGCAUCUGCUCCAGUCUGGAUGUUCCCGGGAAUGUUAAAGGACUUUACAGGACCGUACCGUAUCAUCACACAGGUGUUCCGUGAUGCUCAACCUGACUGCCCUGCAAAGGUCACACAGUCCUGGGAUGUUAUCACUGAGAUGGGCAAGACAACUGCUGGUUUGAAGCAGCUCACUAACCUCUUCCGCACUUGUAAGCCUCUGGACCGUGAUGGAGUCAUAUCACUCAGCAACUGGCUGAAUGGAAUGUACUUUGACAUGGCCAUGGUGAACUACCCUUAUCCUACCAGUUUUCUAGCAGACCUCCCUGCCUGGCCGGUGAAAGAGUUCUGCAGAAGAACCAACACUUCAGAAGAUGUGGUGACUGCUAUAGCCACAGGAGCUCAGAUGUACUCCAACUACACAGGCAAGUUGGAGUGUCUAGAUUUGGACUCGGACCCUGCUGGUGAUCUAGGAAUGACUGGGUGGGAUUAUCAGGCUUGUAUGGAGAUGAUCCUUCCCAUCUCCAGUGACAAGUCCGUGGAUAUGUUCCCUGACGACAAGUUUGAUCUGGAAUCGUACGUUUCGUCCUGCGAGCAACAGUGGAACACCACCGCUCGACCUUUCUGGCUCAAAUACUUCUUCGGUGGAAUGGACGGGUUUGACUUUUCCGGUUACUCCAAAAUCUUCUUCUCCAAUGGGAGGUUGGACCCCUGGGCUGCUGGAGGAACUGUGAUUAUUGAGGAGAAGUUCUGUCUGGCAGACUGUCCCAACAUCCUGAUAGAGGACGGAGCACAUCACCUGGACCUCCGGUCCUCAAACCCUGCUGAUCCGGAGAGUGUUCUUAUGGCUAGAAAACAGGAGGUGGACGCUAUCAAACGGUGGACUGCUAGACCUGGCACUAGGUUUGAGCUUUGAAUACUAAACGUUGAGAGAUUUUAUACUCGAUUCUCCAAGGAAAUCCAGUGACUUAAUACUUCGUUGAUCAAGCGCGCAUUUUUUAUGAAAUAAAAAGAUAUUAAAAUACCUAAUAAGGGAACGGUUAGAUUUGAUAUAAAAUUGGAUGCUAUGAUUAUAAUUGUUAAAUAUGUUUUUAUAACUCUUUGUUUGCAGAGAUGGUAUUGUUGUAUUUUCAGAUUAUGACCCAACCCGGUUGAUACUUUUAGACUAAUAUGUUAACUUUUGUAUAAUUUUUCAUCAUUGAUUGUAUUCGUUCGAAUGUUUCUUUUGCAAA